AUGGAGCCUCUGGGAGCAACAACUAUUUUCCUAGCAGUGUGCAUCUCUUGCCUUCUUUUCCUUUCAGCAUGGAAAAAGAUGUCUGGAAGUGGGAAGCUGCCGCCUGGCCCUGUUGCUUUUCCCAUCAUAGGAAAUGCACUGCAGCUGAAUACGAAGAACUUGCCCCAAUCAGUGCGUGAGCUCAGUGCUAAGUACGGCCCGAUUUUCACAAUAUAUUUGGGCUCAGAGCGGGUUGUGGUGCUGUAUGGACAUGAAGUUGUGAAGGAAGCACUGAUUGAUCAAGGGGACGAGUUCAGUGACAGAGGACGUAUGCCAGUAUUUGAAAGGUUGCCCGACAAAAAAGGUAUUCCUAUGAACAGUAUGGGGCCAUGGAAGGAGCUACGCCGAUUUACCCUCACCACUUUGAGGAAUUUGGGGAUGGGGAAGAAGAGCUCUGAAGAGCGAAUCCUGGAGGAAGCCCAUUUCCUGGUGGAAAGGCUCAAAAACACUCACGGGCAGCCCUUUGACCCCACCCUCUUCCUCACCCACGCCGUCUCCAAUGUCAUCUGCUCCAUCGUCUUUGGGGACCGGUUUGACUAUGAAGAUAAGAAAUUUGUGACUUUAAUAAAUCUCUUAAUGGAAAGUAGAAAGAUCCAGCGCUCUCCCUGGACAGAGGUAUGUUCAGGGCUGUACAAUUUUUUCCCGACUCUCAUGCAUUACAUCCCUGGGCCUCACCAGAGAAUCUUUAAACACUUUGAGGAGUUGAGAAAGUUUGUUUUGGAGAGAGUGGAGAUGCACAGAGAGUCCCUGGAGCCCAGCUGCCCUCGAGACUUCACCGAUGCUUUCCUCAUCAAAAUAAAACAGGAGCAACAGAACAGCCAGUCGGAAUUUACCACUGAGACCUUGUUAAGAAGAACAUUAGACUUAUUCUUUGCUGGAACAGGGACAACCAGUGACACCCUGAAACAUGGACUCAAGCUUCUUAUGAAAUACCCAGAAAUAGAAGAGAAGGUUCACGAAGAGAUUGACCGUGUGAUCGGCCGAAGCCGAAGCCCCUGCAUGGCGGACCGAAGCCAGAUGCCCUACACAGAUGCUGUGGUCCAUGAGACCCAGAGAUUCAUCUCUCUUGCCCCUCUUGGUAUCCCACGUGCUGUGACUAGAGACACUCAUUUCAGACAAUACAUUAUCCCCAAGGGCACCACUAUAUUCCCUGUACUGCAGUCAGUCCUAUAUGACAGCAAGGAAUUUCCAAAGCCAGAGCAAUUUAACCCAGGGCAUUUCUUGGAUGAAAAUGGUGCCUUCAAGAACAGUGACUUCUUCAUGCCUUUUUCUAUAGGGAAACGGAGUUGCGUGGGAGAGGCUCUGGCUCGGAUGCAGCUAUUUUUGCUACUGACAACGAUUUUGCAGAACUUUACCUUGAAGCCUCUCAUUGACCCCAAAGAUAUUGAUAUAACUCCAAUGACAUUAACCUCAAAUGCCCCAAUGUCCUACCAGCUCAUUGUUAUUCCUCGGUAA